AUGCCUGACGAGCCCGACACAACACAGGCAUUGAGACGCCUCGUGGUUCGACCGGCACCAUUUUCUGCCGAACGCCCGGAGCUUUGGUUUGCUCAACUCGAAGGGCAAUUUCACCUCGCAGGUAUCGAAUAUGAACUCGACAAAUUCCACAUGGCUGCCGUCCACCUCGACACGCAUGCCGCAGCUGAGGUUCAGGACAUCAUACUGCAUCCACCUGCUCAAACUCCAUAUAAGGCAUUAAGAGAAGCCCUCGUGGAGAGACUCACGGCUUCACAGGAGGCAAGACUACACCAACUCCUGGACAAAGAGGUUCUCGGUGAUCAUAUUCAGCAAGUCGCAGGUAAAGAUAACGUUGUUGCCGACGCCUUAUCGAGAAUCGAAGCCAUAUCCACAGCAAUCUCGACGGCCGAACUAGCACAGGCACAAGCAGCAGAUGCCGAACUCCAAGAACGUCUGCAAGACCCGAAUGGCGUCCUUCAACUACGACCUAUCAACAUGCCAGAGAGUCCAACUCCAAUUUACUGUGACGUCAACGAUCAAGUGAUUCGUCCCUAUGUACCAUUACCGCUACGUAAGAGAGUUUUUGACACUCUGCAUAGCGUCAGUCAUCCAGGGGCUAACGCAUCAACUCAGCUGGUUGCUCAACGUUUCGUCUGGCCGAGUUUAAAGAAAGACUGUCGUCUUUGGACUCGUGCAUGUCUCGCAUGCCAGAAGAAUAAAAUUUCACGACACGUGGCAUCGCCGAUUCAAGACUUUCCCGGGGGAAGAACAAGACGCUUCGAACACAUUCAUGUCGACAUCAUCGGACCAUAUGUACCGCCCAGAGGUUACCGUUAUUGCCUGACAAUAAUCGACAGAUUUUCACGUUUCCCGGAAGCAUUCCCGAUUUCCGACAUUACCGCUGAGACUGUUGCCGGUGUGCUCUACGCAAACUGGAUUUGUCGUUAUGGCGUUCCGCUUCGGAUCACGACAGAUCAAGGGACACAAUUCGAGAGCCAACUCUUCAACGCUCUCGCUCGACGUACAGGCAGCAGACAUAUUCGCACGACGGCGUUUCACCCGCAAGCUAACGGCAUGGUGGAACGUCUACAUCGCCAAAUCAAAGCAGCAAUACGGUGUCACGAGAGUCCUCAUUGGGUAGAUACCCUCCCCACCGUGCUUUUUGGAAUUCGUUCAGCGUGGAAAGACGAUCUUAACGCCACAUCUGCCGAUAUCGUAUUUGGAGAGCCACUUCGAUUACCAGGAGAAUUUCUCGUUCCUGCUCCGAACAAUGGCCUACCGGCAGUAACGAUUGCCGACAGACUCAGAAACCACUUCGCUGAGCUUGCUCCAGUUCCCGGCAUACGACACGGCCAACGUAAGGUAUUCAUAUUUAAAGAACUCGCCUCAUGUUCGCACGUUUUUGUUCGUUUAGAUGCUGCUCAUCAUGCAUUUACGCCACCGUACGAAGGACCACAUCGUGUCAUAUCGCGACACGAGAAGCAUUUCGUCGUCUGGAUCAAUGGUCAAGAAACUGUCGUAUCCAUUGACCGUCUGAAGCCAGUAUUUUCCAUUGCCGAAGACGAAGCAGCCGACGCUGACUUACCGGAUGACGACAACGAUUCAGACGACACUCUAUUACCGUCGUCAGAACAAUCGACCCCUGGUACGACACCAGAUGCCUCACCGCAACCUGGACCAUCUAGAUGCAGAUCAUCAUCUUGGGCUUCAUCGAGUGACGCAAGAUCAUCUUUGGACUCAACUCCUCGACCAGUACGAAAACGCGUCAGGUUCAGUCAAUAA